ACGUUUCUUCCUCCGCUCCUGACAAGGUCACUUUCAGAGUCUGCAAAGCUACCUUCAGAGCUUGCGAAGAUGGUGCUGCUCCUUCGUCAGGCGUCGUCAUCGCUUGCCUCGGCCUCACACGUACCUCUCUCACAAAUACUCGCCCCUUUUGCAUUUGGUGCGGCGGUCCAGGUGCGAAACUCGACAAAACGAGGCGGCGGUUCGACCAAGAACAAUCGCAACAGUCCCGGAAAGCGUCUGGGCGUCAAGCGCUCCGGCGGGCAAUAUGUAAAGGCAGGCGAAAUCAUCCUGCGGCAGCGCGGCACGUCGUGGCAUCCUGGCGAAAACGUAAAGAUGGGCCGAGACCACACGCUGUACGCCGUCGAGCCGGGCUUUGUGUGCUUCUACCGGCCCAAUCCGAUCCCCAAAGAUGCAGAGACCAAGGUCGAGAGUCUUUCGGCCAAGCUGGCGGGGCUGAAGAUUUCGCCGUUCGACAAGAUUAAGGUGCAGCCAAAGAUGGAGCUGGUCAAGUCGCACCCGAGCGCAUCGCUGCUGAAGAGAAAACUUGGCCGACGGUAUAUUGGCGUCACGCUGACGAGAGACGAGGUUCUCCCGAGGGAAGUGGGCGCUCCGAGGGUGAGGAGGCUGGGCCUCGUCGACUGGGCUCGCGAGCAAAGGUUGGCCGAGGAGUUGGAGCAGGAGGACUACGAGCAACCAGAGUCGUUGGCUGAAUUGAGAGAGGAUACGAGAGACGAUGGUGUCAGCAAGGUUUCGACCGCUUAGAGGCAAUUGCAUUCAUUACUUCAUUACGUCUCUCUUUUUUGAGUGAGGUGAAAUACAUAUGUGGGAGAAGAGACU